UUUAGCUGUGAAACAAAAAUGGGCAUGUUAUUGGUUAGCCUCUGGGAGCGAGAGAAAAAUAGCAACUUUACAAUGUUUUAAGCCCGUGGUUACCAAAUUCUUCAAACGUAUGAGUUCAAGCUUCAAUAUACUGGCAGUCUACAGAAGAUAAAUGAAAUCACAAGGAAAAACAGAUGUGAGUGCUGGUCAAGUGCUGGGAGAGUAGAGGUAACUUGAACCUCAGGUUGGACUUCACCCUCAAAUUGUUGACAGGGAUUUUGCCAUCCCCCCCUUUCCCUGUCCACCACCCUUGGGCGCAGAGUGAUGACUUCACAUCAGAAUGACAAUUUCAGCCCUCCCUUGCUUGUACCACAGAACUCUUCCACCCAUCAAGGUAGGCCUCACACUCAGCCCAACCAGCUGGACUCAUCCCACAGCAGCAGCAGUGGUAGCGGCGGCAGUAGUAACAGCAGUGUAGCUGCACCCACGGCACACAGAGGAGCCAUGGGGGGUAUGUCUUCCUCACCUCUCACCCCAAGCACGGUGGCCCUGAACCGGGCCGCCUCGGCCUCCUGUAGCACCUCGGCUUCGUCGAGGAGACCCACGUCUGGACGUUACGAGCCCUGGCCAGAGGAGGCCGUGGACAAUGCCUACGGGCUGUACUCGCUGCAUCGCAUGUUUGACAUUGUCGGGGCGCAGCUCACGAACCGCGACGUGCGCGUGCUGUCGUUCCUGUUCGUGGACGUCAUCGACGAGUACGAGCGCGGCGGCAUUCGCAACGGCAGGGACUUCCUGCUGGCGCUGGAGAGGCAGGGCCGUUGUGACGAGACCAACUUCAGACACGUGCUCCAGCUGCUCCGCAUCAUCACCCGACACGACCUGCUGCCCUACGUCACGCUCAGAAAGAGACAGACAGUGUGCCCAGACCCAGUGGAUAAGUACUUGGAGGAAACGUCAGUGCGUUAUGUAUCCCCCAGAGGCUCUGGGGAGAACAGAGAAGGCCCCUCGCACAGAAGGACAGGUCUGGGGCCCCAGCCCUUGAUAUGCUGCUCCCCCUCCGGGCCCCGCGUGUGCCCGCCACGUGCCAAACCAGGGCCCUCGGUCCCCAGCCGCAAGAGGAAGAGGGCCCACACCAGCGCCGACUGCAGGGAGAAGCAGACAUGUGACAUUCGUCUCCGCGUGCGCGCCGAGUACUGCCAGCACGAGUCGGCCCUGCAGGGCAACGUCUUCUCCAACAAGCAGGAGGCGCUGGAGAGGCAGUUUGAGCGCUUCAACCAGGCCAACACCAUUCUCAAGUCGCGCGACCUGGGCUCCAUUAUCUGCGACAUCAAGUUCUCCGAGCUGACCUACCUGGACGCCUUCUGGCGGGACUACAUCAACGGCUCCUUGCUGGAGGCCCUCAAGGGCGUCUUCAUCACGGACUCGCUCAAGCAGGCUGUGGGCCACGAGGCCAUCAAGCUCCUCGUCAACGUGGACGAGGAGGACUAUCAGGCCGGUCGCCGCAAGCUUUUGCGGAACCUCAUGGCCGGCGGCAGCAGUAGCGGGGCGGCGGCGGCAGCGGCAGCGGCGGCAGCCGGGUCCAGCGGGAGCAGAGAGACGACGUCGUAGUCACCGGUGUCGCAAAGAAUGUUUCUGUUGUGGUGGUAGGAACAAGAGCAGAGGUGGAAAGUGGGGGAAUUCGAGUGGAAGGCCCUGUGGAUGUUGGCUUCAUAGAAGAGGAAGAGGAAGAGGAAGAGGAAGUUGAAGGGUUUGAGGAUUUUUUCGCACACUGAGGGAAAGGUAUAUGUGUAGUAUGAAGCGCAGUGCAACCAGUGACAGAAGUAUUUUGGGAGGCGUCGUACAAAGUUGAGUGCCAGGUGCCACUAAGAUAUGAGCCUUUAAAGACCCAUGGACGAAGUCAUUUUGAGGGAUGGUUAAAGGCAGUGGAGACAUUUGAAGCAUGGAGACAUUUAGUUUUGGCUUUCUUUAUCUAGCUCAGCGUGAUUUUCUUUCGUAACCUAAAUCAUGAAACACACAUACUACACAUCGUCAUUGUGUACUGCCCAGUCAUCUGCAUUUACAGCUGUUCCCGAAGUGAUUUUGUUUGAGAUGGAGAUGUUCCCGUUUAACCGUUAGAUUCAGAGGGGAGCUUGCCACAAUAUUUUGGAUUUUGUAUACAGCAAUGCAUUUUUACCAUCUUCAAAUGGGUUUAUAUCUAAAGUUUCUAUUCUCAAGUAUUUACUUGUAUAAGCUCCAGUUAAUACCCAGAAUAAGUUAUAAUUUCAAGCUGUCAUAGGUAUUUUUUGUUUAAGGAAAAUGUGGAAAGACUUGUUCUUUCGAGGAUAUGUCGGAAGGUUCAAGGUUCAGAGCAGUGUGUUUCUAAGUUGAAUAACUAAUGCCUUCACAUGAGCCAGAGGCUAUUAUUCCCUGUUCAGUUUAGCAGUUAACCAGUUAAGUGCACUGAAUGCCCAUUAUUUAAUUUUAAGUUUGGGAGUAGUGUGUGUGUACUUAAGUUGACGGCAGAAAGAAUUUACUUGUCUUGGAGCAUAUUGUAGAAUAAAGCCUCCCAAUUGCCCAAAGGCCAUUUUGAACUGUCACUCUAAGCGAGCAGAUUAUGUUAGCUAUGAAAAGGCAAAUGGCACCAAUUCCAUAUUAUUUAAACAGUCAAUUUGUGUGGUGUAGAGAAUACUGUACACAUGCAUUGGUGCUCACCAGUUAAACCUACUGUAUGUGGCAGUAUGAAUGGCUAAAAGAAAGUGAAUGAGAAAAGUGGACUUGGUAACAAAAGAGGCAUACACUUGAAGGUCAAUUUUGAAGGACAGUUGUUAUUUGGACCAAAUCCAGCCUCAUUGUACACCUUUUAUUUCUGUCUUCUAUCUUCUUUUUUAAAUGGACAGUAACAUCUUCGAGUCAUGUCCAGUUUAUUUUCAAUCGAAGAAAUUUCUUUGUCACUCUCACUAAUCCAAGUUUUCCUAAACAGUCACAGUUAUACACAAAUAAAUGAUAAAUUAAUUUAAAAAGGCCUAUUUGUUUAAUAAAUAUAUAGUUUUUUUCCACAUCUCAACAUGUAAAUCAGGAUACGUCUUAAACUGAGCCAUUGUCCCUUGAUGGGUUGUUAUUCAGCCCUUUGAUCUCUCGUCGUUUCGAUCAAACAGCACCACAACUGGCCAUCAGAGAUUCUGAAUAGUACUUAAUCAGUGUAAAUGUUAUGAUUGUCAUGACUCUAGGUGUUCGUCACUGGUGGGACCUUAGACUGCCCUGGGGUGCUACUUGGGCAGUCUUCUUGAAUGGGCCUGUGUGUAAUGGUGAGCAUUUGGUUUUAGUGUUCUGGUUGGAUUAGCGUUUAGGAGGUUGCCCUGAAUUUGUAUUUGUACUUCUCACCACCCACAUACUCGCAUACCCACAUAAGCGUGUGUUGCACCUCGUCUGGCGUUAUGCUUGGUUCUGAUGUGUGCAUCUGAAUUUUUUUUUUACAUUUUAUUUUAUUUAUUUUGAGUUGUUUGCAGUCCCAUGUGCUCGUUGAGAAAAUGCUGUACACCUGUUUGUGGUCAAAUUUUUGUUCACUCCCCCAAAUAAUCUUCAUCAUCUGGAUAAUCCCAAAUUUAUAGCUAUCUUUUGAGGUGACCAUAUCACUUGUGUGGUGAUUGUUUCAUUUUAGCUCAUGUUUAGUUUUUUACAAUUCUUUGACCCCACUAUAAUUGUAUCUAGUCUUUCACUUGUGGAAUCGACUUGUUCACAAACAAGUGCAUCAGUGUCUUAUGUUUACUCUCUCUUACUAAAACAAAAGGCAAGAAUCUUUUUGAAAUUUCGGAGACAAGAUAGGCUGUUGCACCUAAAAUACCAAAGCUGUUCUCUAAACUAGGACUGAUGGAUGGUGUCUUUUUCCCCCAGCCUUUUUUAAGUUGCUUUUUGAUAUCCCAACAGCUGCUUGAGUACUUGUUAAAAAAAACCCUGAAAUCUGAAAGAAGAGAAAGACUGGGAACUGAUGUCCAAUAUUAAGGGUCUCUUGGUUUGUGGCUUUUGCUGACACAAGGCCAUGUGUCAGCAUUACUGAAAACUUAACCAUACAAAGGAAAAAAAUGACUCUGUUUUCCUAAUGGAAUUAACAAAAUGUUACAAUCUGGUAUCUAUUAUAUAGGUUAUAUGUUCUAUCAAUUGUGUUCGAGUGUCUGUCUUUAUAACUUGCAUGUACAGUAUAUGAUGUUGAUCCCCCCACAAACACCACAGAGCAAAAAAAAAAAAAAGAAAAGAGAAAAAACAUGAAACAUAACAAACUGUGUUCUCUGUAGGUUUAAAGAUUCUAGUUGUUUCUAACAUUUUCAUUUUCUUUCCCAAGAGAAAAUUUGGACUGCCGUGUUGAAAAAGUGUACUGUCCACUUACUAGAAGAGAUCAGAAGGGAGCACUUUAUUUUUUACUGUUGCAAAUAUUCACCUU